UCAGUCGCGGCGCUGCGCGCUGGCCAGGAACACGAGGCCAAGAGCUGCAGCCCAAGCCGCUUCGGUGUGGUGUACCCCGCACUAGCCAGCUUGCGGCCCCAGGAUUAGUCCGAGGACACGUCCUUAGCACGGCCGCCUCCCAGGCGACCUCACCUGGAUUACCUACCGAGGCAACUGCAGCGGAGCUAGCGAGAAGGCGACAGGGAGCAGCGUCCCGAGAGGAGCCAGCUUUUCAGGGAUACCGCUGGCGGGAGGACGCGCGGGAAAGCGGCAUUCCCAACAGAACCAGAUUCAGGGCCGGCGGGUGGAGAGAGCGACACCCCAGGGGAUGGCGGCCGCGUCCCGGAGCGCCUCCGGCUGGACGCUACUGCUGCUGGUGGCACUUUGGCAGCAGCGCGCGGCCGGCUCCGGCGUCUUCCAGCUGCAGCUGCAGGAGUUCGCCAACGAGCACGGCGUACUAGCCAGUGGGCGGCCGUGCGAGCCCGGCUGCCGGACUUUCUUCCGCGUCUGCCUUAAACACUUCCAGGCGGUCCUCUCGCCCGGGCCCUGCACCUUCGGUAGCGUCUCCACGCCAGUAUUGGGCACCAACUCCUUCGCCAUCAGGGACGACAGUAGCGGCGGGGGUCGCAACCCUCUCCAACUGCCCUUCAACUUCACCUGGCCGGGUACCUUUUCCCUCAUCAUCGAAGCUUGGCACGCGCCGGGAGACGACCUGCGGCCAGAGGCCUUGCCACCUGAUGCCCUCAUCAGCAAGAUGGCCAUCCAGGGCUCCCUAGCUGUGGGUCAGAACUGGUUACUGGAUGAGCAAACCAGCCCCCUCACGAGGCUGCGCUACUCUUACCGGGUCAUCUGCAGUGACAACUACUAUGGAGACAGCUGCUCUCGCCUGUGCAAGAAGCGCAAUGACCACUUCGGCCACUACGUGUGCCAGCCAGAUGGCAGUCUGUCCUGCCUGCCCGGCUGGACUGGGGAGUACUGUGAACAGCCAAUCUGUCUGUCUGGCUGUCAUGAACAGAAUGGUUACUGCAGCAAGCCAGCUGAGUGCCUCUGCCGCCCAGGUUGGCAGGGCCGCCUGUGCAAUGAAUGUAUCCCCCACAAUGGCUGCCGCCAUGGCACCUGCAGCACCCCGUGGCAGUGUACCUGUGAUGAGGGCUGGGGAGGCCUGUUCUGUGACCAAGAUCUCAACUACUGUACCCACCACUCCCCAUGCAAGAACGGGGCGACAUGCUCCAACAGUGGGCAACGGAGCUACACCUGCACCUGUCGCCCAGGCUACACUGGUGUGGACUGUGAGCUGGAACUCAGCGAGUGUGACAGCAACCCUUGUCGCAAUGGGGGCAGUUGUAAGGACCAGGAGGAUGGCUACCACUGCUUGUGUCCCCCGGGCUAUUAUGGCCUGCACUGCGAACACAGUACCUUGACCUGUGCUGAUUCCCCCUGCUUCAAUGGGGGCUCCUGCCGGGAGAGAAACCAGGGGGCCAGCUAUGCCUGUGAAUGUCCCCCCAACUUCACUGGCUCUAACUGUGAGAAGAAAGUGGACAGGUGCACCAGCAACCCAUGUGCCAAUGGGGGCCAGUGCCUGAACAGAGGUCCAAGCCGCACAUGCCGCUGCCGGCCCGGAUUCACGGGCACCCACUGUGAACUCCACGUCGGCGGUGACUGUGCCCACAACCCUUGCGCCCAUGGCGGCACUUGCCAUGACCUGGAGAAUGGGCCCGUAUGCACCUGCCCUGCUGGCUUCUCUGGCAGGCGCUGCGAGGUGCGGAUGCCCAGCGACGCCUGCACCUCGGGGCCCUGCUUCAACGGGGCCACCUGCUACACUGGCCUCUCCCCGGACAACUUCGUCUGCAACUGCCCGUAUGGCUUCGUGGGCAGCCGCUGCGAGUUCCCAGUGGGCCUGCCGCCCAGUUUCCCCUGGGUGGCUGUCUCCCUGGGCGUGGGGCUGGUGGUGGGGCUGGUGUUACUGGGCAUGGUGGCAGUGGCUGUGCGGCAGCUGCGGCUUCGGCGGCCAGAUGAUGGCAGCAGGGAAGCCAUGAACAACUUGUCGGACUUCCAGAAGGACAACCUGAUCCCUGCUGCCCAGCUCAAGAACACAAACCAGAAGAAGGAGCUAGAGGUGGACUGUGGCCUGGACAAGUCCAACUGUGGCAAACAGCAGAACCACACAUUGGACUAUAACCUAGCCCCAGGGCCCCUGGGACGGGGGACCAUGCCUGGAAAGUAUCCCCAUAGUGACAAGAGCUUAGGGGAGAAGGUGCCUCUGCGGAUACACAGUGAAAAGCCAGAGUGUCGAAUAUCAGCGAUAUGCUCCCCCAGGGACUCCAUGUACCAGUCUGUGUGCUUGAUAUCAGAAGAGAGGAACGAAUGUGUCAUUGCCACAGAGGUAUAAGGUAUGAGCCUCUCCAGAACAGCCCAGCUUCCGCCCAGCAGCUGGACCUUCCUUCUGCAUUGUUUACAUUGCAUCCUGGAUGGGACGUCUUUAAUAUGCACCGUGCUGCUCUCAGGAGGAGGAGGGAAUGGCAUGAACUGGACAGACUGUGAACUUGCCAGGAGAUGCACUGCCCAGCACACCUGUGGGAGUCUGGCUGGCAUCAGACUGGCAGCUCCUCUAGACGGGGUAACAGAGUUGAGGAGCCAGGGGAAUACCAGUUGAGCUGGUUUCCAAGGUGCCACUUGGACCUGCUCUGCCAGCAGUGGACUUCACUGGGCUUCUUCUGGAGCUCUGGCCUGUUUUCCAGGGAGAGUGGCAGUAGCCCUCUGGGGCUCAGAGCUGCUGUGGCCACCACUGGCAUCUGUGUUUCCAAAAGUGCCUUUGGCCCAGGCUCCAUAGUGACAGCUGGGCCCAAAUCAGAAAGGAGAAAGGAGCAGGCAAGGGCUGGGUCGCCUGGGGCAGGAAAGUCACUGGGUACAGCUCUUGGCAGGGAUUCCGCUUCAGGUGAGGUGAGCACCUGAGGGGACAGGAGUGCUUCUCUGCCUCUAGUUGCUGCGUGUGGGCCUUGCUCGGAUGCUGGCCAGCCUCUCCUUGGCUUAGGCCCUCUGGGCAUGAGUUGGUAGAUCUUACCGGGCUUCCACCAUCCUCUGGCCCUGGGUGCCUCUGGGCUCCUGUGAGCAGAUGGGCUGAGGGCCUACCCCUUCUGCCAGCCAGGGGGGCCAGGCCUAACUGGGGAACUCAGGGCAGUUAUAUUGGAGAUUCCAGUGAGGGAGAAAGUGGGUGCUGCCACCACCUGGGCCCUUUCCUCCCUCAAACCCAUUCCUAUGACCUUGAGCCGGGGUCUGCCCAUGCCUGCUAAAGUCCCCGGACUACCCUCGAAGCCGAUCUUCAGAAAUCAAUAAUAUGAGUUUUUAUUUUGUUUGUUUUUAUUUGCAGUUUAUUUUGGAUUCUAGUAUUUCGAUAAUUUAAGAAUCAGAAGCACUGACCUUUCUACAUUUUAUAACAUUAUUUUGUAUAUAAUGUGUAUUUAUAAUAUGGAACAAGUGUGUACAGGAGUUUAUUACUUCUCGGGUCCUGUCUUUGUGAUGGCAAAUGGGAAUUUUUCUCUCUGCUUUCUCCCCCCAAAGGCUCCUAACCCCCUUUUCCCAGGGCUGCGGAGCGCGCCACUGGGAUCUGCGUCCAUGCUUAGGUUCGUCAGGGUGCGUGAAGAAUCCUUGUUGCAGUCCAGUACUUGGGGAGCCCAGCCUCAACCAUCACAUCCCCAGCAUAGGUAGCCUGCCUUGCCUGAGGCUGCCUCCCGACUUCCCCCUUUCCCUCCAUUCUUGGGUAAUAUCCCGCUGAUUGGCGGAGUCUUCCUCUCUUCCCCCAAAACUGAAGCUUAUGGGGCUCCCCAGUCCCAUCUGUGUUUCUCUUAUUCAAGAGGUGGUGGGCCACUAAGUCCCCACUGGGUCCUUCCUUUUGCCACUGGGAGUUUUAGAUGGACUGCUUGGGUUUUUUUGUUUUUGCGGUACUGGAGUUUGAAC